AUGAUUUUUUAUAUUAUUUUUAUUUAUUUGAUAAAAAUUUAUUCUAAUAUAAGUAUUAAUAAUCAAAGAACACAUCAAAUAUACAGAACAACAAUAGAAUUUUACCAUAAAUAUUUAUUAUCCGAGACCAAUAAUUCUGAAGAAACAUCAUCCAUGCAACAAAUCUUAGAGAUUGUACUUGACACUUUUUUUGACGAUAACUUUUUUAGAUUAGGGGAUUCAGCACUGAUGUUGAUUCAUAAAAUAAAUUAUGAAGAAGUUAUUGUUAUUAAACAAGAAGAUAAAAUAGCAUUUAAUAUAUUAUAUUUGUUGAAAGAAAUUACAAAACAAGAAAUUUUUUUUAAAACUUCAUUUUUUAUACUAGAAAAAGAUUUGGAAAAAUUUUAUCGAGUAACAAAGAAAAUUUCGUCUUAUCUAAAACUAGAUGAGAAAGAGGUUAAUGUUAUGCAAAAUAUCAUGUUCGUUAUUUUACAGUUUGAGAAAAGAAUUACUGAUUUAGAUGUUAAUACGUUUUUGUGCAGAAUCAACGAAUUUUCUAAUGCAAAUAAUUGUAAUAGAAAAAAAGGCAAAUUUGGUCUAAAUCGUAAUAACGCCAUGUAUAGGCCUUUUCGAGGUACUUUGUAUUUUUUUGAUCAAUUGCUUUUUUCUAUCAUUGGUACAGAAAAAUCAAGCAUUCGUUUUAGUCCUUUUAAACAAGUUGGAAUUAACUUUUUUGAAAAAAAAUUAGCAACAACUUCAUUUAAGCCAUUUAAGUUACUUAAUGUUCAUAAAAUUGUCUUUGAAAAAAUUAUACCUGAAGUUUUAUACCUAGACACUUACGAUAAUGAAUUGCUAACUUUUAUUUAUAUUUAUUUAUUAAAAUUUGUUUCAGAAGUUACUUUGUUAUGGUGUGAUUGGUCUGUAAUUGAGUCAAAGCAAAUGGAAAUAACUUGUAAAUUUCAUGUUCCUGAGUUUAGAAAUGAUGACAUAAAUUAUGUAACUUAUUUGAGAGAUUGUGCAGUCGAAGAUUAUGAAUCUACAUACUUAAUAAAAUCUAUCGAGUUACAAAUUUUAAGAAAAGAAAUAAAAAAUGUGCGCAAACAGGCUUUAUAUUUAUCUAAAGAAGAUGUCUUUUUAAAUGAAUGCAAAUGUAUAUGGGAUAAAUUGAUAAGCGCUUCUUCCGAUUAUUUUCCUAAAUUAUUUUCACAAAAUGAAUGUCACAAACAUAUAUUUAAUAAUAAAACUGAAGAAAGAAGUACAGAAAAUGUAAGCCGGGGCAAAAAUUUUCAAAGUAAAGUUUUUAGAUUUGAUAAAAGUAUAUUUCUAAAAUACGAGAAUGAAUUGGAAUUUAAUAAAAAUUUUGAUCCAGAUAAAUACAUUAAAUUGAAUAUUAGAUGUCUUACACCAUAUCCAUUGGAAGAUUGGAAAAAGAUAAUAUUUAAUAUUGAAAGUAUUAGAGAAUUCUACAAAUCACUAGAUGCUAAAAAUAAAUGUGAUAAUCAUUACAUCCAGCAAUACACAAAACAUCGAGAGAAUUGUAAUAAGCUAGAAUUAGACUUAUUAAAAAUACGAAAAUUAUAUUCUAAUUUGCCAAAUUUUAUUAUAGACUAUAAAAUUUUUUGGACUAAAGAGGGCUUAAAAAAGCAAUUUAAAGUUCUAUUGAUAAAAUAUUUUGGCCUUUUAGAAGACACUAAUAAACUGGAAAAGGACUAUACAAAAGUUUAUAAAGAUAAACCCAGUGAAAAAAUUAAUGAAAUUUACAUGAAAAACUAUUAUGACUAUAAUUCCAAAAAUGAUGUAUUACAAUGGGCUUUUUGUAAUAUGAUUAUAAAUAAUAAUAUUUCUGAUGAUGAAAUAUUUGAUGAAGUGUUUUAUACAUUAGUUUUAGAUAGCAAUCUUGAGAUGCCCAUUGAUGAAACCCAAGUAAAAAGAUUUUUUAAAUAUAUUAAACGUCUUACAGCCUUCCAUGUUUUGCGUCAAAAGACGAUCAAGCUUUAUGCAUACAAACAAUUCUUAACAUUCCAUCUAGAUGUCGGCUCCUGGCAGGCAUAUUUAACUAAUUAA